AUGCUGCAAGCUUUGCUGAAUUUUUUCUAUUGGCUGUUAGCGCUAAUUGGUUUAGCCCAACAACAGCAAGGCAACUCGGUAGUGAAUGUUCAACAAAAUCAGGAGGAAGAAACAACCACACGUAAUAAUCAGAGAGGACAAGGAAUAAGAAGAGGUAGAGGUGGGUCCAUUGCAUCUAACAUUCGGAGAAGAAAUCAACAACAACAGCAACAACAAGAGGUGAACUCUUCCGAUGAUGAAAAUACCUCUUCCGAUGAUGAUCUUCAAGAGAAUCACGAAGAAACAAUCGAAGAAAGUGAUGAAUUAAAUAUUCGAGCUAAGUUAUCAAGAAAUGAAAGAGUGAAUAUGAAAAAGAUGGAAAAGAAACGUCAAAAACAAGCAUUAAAAGAACAACGAGAAAUGAUGGUCAAUGCCGAACGAGAACGACAAAAUCAGUUAAAGAAAAAAAUGGAAGAAAUGGAACUGGAAAGAGAAGAAAAAGAAAUGGAACUGAGAGAAAAAGAAAAGGCUGAAAAAUUAGAACUCGAAAGAAAAAAACAAGAAGAGUAUGAAGAAUGGAGGCAUUUAUUUGAAGUUGAAGAGCAAGGUGAAGCAGCUGACUCUGACAUUGGACACAACGAGAGUCUUUUGUCAGAAUUUAUUAACUAUAUCAAAGACCACAAAGUAGUAAUUUUGGAGGAUUUGGCAAGCGAGUUCAAAAUGAAAACCGAACACUGCAUCAACAGAAUUAAAUUAUUGGAGCAAGAAGGUAGAAUUACAGGACUACUAGACGAUCGCGGCAAAUUUAUUUAUAUUUCUCGAGAAGAAAUGGAAAAAGUGAAACAGCACAUACUUCAGGAAGGCAGAAUUAGCAUUCAAGAACUUAAAAACGUCUCGAAUCGAUUGAUCAAUCUGAAACCAAAGGAAGAGGAUGUAAAUAUUGAGGAAAUUUUGUAA